AUGCACCAUCCAGACAAUAUCCCACAGAGGAAACCAUUCGUUGUAUUCACAACAUAUCCAACCCGAGAAUCAGCUGAAAAAGCUUCGUACGAGUUAGUCAAUAGAAGGCUUGCUGCAUGCUGCCAAAUAUCCAAGAUAACCUCCGUUUACUCUUGGGAUGGAAGUGUUAAAAGAGAGACAGAGUACAAAUUGGCUGCAAAGACCUUUUCCUCCUUGUUUGUUAAAAUCCAAGAGUUCAUGGCGGAAGACCAUCCAUAUGAAGCUCCUCAAGUGGUCGGAAUCGAAAUACACUCUAUGUCCGAGCAGUACUUGAGGUGGAUGAAUCUCAAUACCGAUGCUAUCUAG